AUGCACGUCAUCGUCCGCGCGCUCUUGCUUCCCUGGAUCGUCACCUUCGCCGCGGCGGCGGGGGUCGUCAAGCUGAACACGAAGGCCGACCCGGUCGAGGCCGUGGUCGAGGUCUUCAAGCACCUCCAUCCGGCGGCCUCAUCGGCCGCGCUCGCCGUCGCGAAGAACGGGGUCGCGUCGGUGCUCAAGGGCCUCGAGGCGUCCGACACGAGCACCGAGAACGUCGCGAACGGCGGCGCCGGCUCCAACGCGGGCCACGCGCGCGUGUUCGCGUGGGACCCCGUCGACGAGACCUGGAAGCAGCGCGGCGACGACAUCGACGGCGAGGCCGCGGACGACUGGUCGGGCAGGUCGGUGUCGCUCAGCGCGGACGGCGCGGCGCUGGCCGUCGGGGCGGCCAGGAACGACGGCGGCGGCUCCUACGCGGGCCACGCGCGCGUGUAUUCGAUCUCUCUCUAGCGCAUUAGGCGACGCACCCCGCCUACGCGCCUGCCUUGGGUCGACGUGCGGCUUCUGCGAAUAACGAGAUGAGGACGACGAGAUGAGAACAAGAAGAGGAUGACGAGAACACGACGACGAGAGACCACGACGAGAACGACGAGAUGAGAACGAGAAGAGGACGACGAGAUGAGAACGAGAAGAGGACGACGAGAUGAGAACGAGAAGAGGACGAUGAGAACAUGACGACGAAACGAGAAAGACGAGAUGAGAACGACGAGAUGAGGACGACGAGAUGAGAACGAGAAGAGGACGAUGAGAAUACGACGACGAGAGACACGUUGACGAGAUGAGAACGACGACGAGAUGAGAACGACGAGAACACGACGACGACGACCUCGCGGCUGCUCCGGCACCGCGCGGACGCCGCCCGGCGACGUCCGCCCUCGGACGCCGCCGCCGACGCCGACGCCCCGCACGUCGGCGUCGACUUCCCCACUGUACAUAGCCGCCCAGGCGGCACCCGCCACCCCUGCUUGCACCCCCUCCCCGCGCGCGCCGGCCUCCAGGCCGCGGCGAAGUUUCGUGUGAACAUAAGUCCCUAAAUACUAGUAGUGUU